AGUGCAUGCCGGGACCUGUAGUCUCCUCGUGGCUGCCUGAGAAGGAAGGGCUAGUUCGCUGAAGCUUCAGGUCAGCCUCAACAGCUAUGGUCCCGAGGCUUUCCCCUUUCCCGGGCCGCAGAAGUUUCUAGGGAAACCCCAGGAAAGCCACUCACCAUCGGAGGCCAUUGGAGCCGAAGCUACGCCAUCCUCCGUGCCUGCAGCCAUGACGGCGCGCGUCCCUCACUGGAUUCCGUGGCCAUCAUGAGGAAGCCCAGAGCAGCUGUGAGAAGUCACAGGAAGCAGGCAGCCUGCCUGGAGGGAAGGAAAAAUCAUGCCCUCAACAGCACCCAGGCCAAGCCUUCUGCUGAUGAUGUGAUGAUUACUGAGUGUCCUGGGGCCUCUGCAGGCCUGGUCAAGCAGAAGGAAGAGGUAUUGCAGGCCUCUAUCUGCCCAUACCAUCUAUUCAGAGACACAGCUGAAAUCACAGUCUUUCGGAAUAGCCUGCUGAGCUGGUAUGAUCGAGAGAAGCGGGACCUACCCUGGAGAAGAUGGGCAGAAGAUGAGGCCGACUUGGACAGGAGGGCAUAUGCUGUGUGGGUAUCAGAAGUUAUGCUGCAGCAGACCCAGGUUGCCACGGUUAUCAACUACUAUACCCGAUGGAUGCAGAAGUGGCCAACCCUGCAGGACCUGGCAAGUGCUUCCCUGGAGGAGGUGAACCAGCUUUGGGCUGGCCUGGGUUACUACUCUCGAGGCCGGCGGCUGCAGGAGGGAGCUCGGAAGGUGGUUGAGGAGCUCGGGGGCCAUGUGCCACGUACAGCAGAGACCCUGCAGAAGCUCCUGCCUGGUGUGGGCCGGUACACAGCUGGCGCCAUUGCUUCCAUUGCCUUUGGCCAGGCAGCCGGUGUGGUGGAUGGGAACGUAAUACGGGUGUUGUGCCGUGUCCGAGCGAUUGGUGCUGAUUCCAGCAGCACCUUUGUCUCUCAGCAGCUCUGGAGCCUAGUUCAGCAGCUAGUGGACCCCACCCGGCCAGGGGACUUCAACCAAGCAGCCAUGGAGCUAGGUGCCACCGUGUGUACCCCACAGCGCCCUCUGUGCAGCCAGUGUCCAAUACAGAGCCUGUGCCAGGCACACCAGAGGGUGGGGCAGGAAGAGCUCUCCGCCUCACGAAGCCUGCCAGGCAGUCCUGAUGUGGAGGAGUGUGCUCCCAACCCUGGGCAGUGCCAGCUGUGCCCGCCUCCCACAGAACUCUGGGACCCCACCCUGGGAGUGGCCAACUUUCCUCGAAAGGCCACUCGGAAGCCUCCCAGAGAGGAGUGCUCUGCCAUCUGUGUUCUGGAGCAGCCCAGAGCCCAUGGCGGUGCCCGCCUUCUGCUGGUGCAGAGGCCCAACUCAGGUCUGCUCGCAGGACUGUGGGAGUUUCCAUCUGUAACCCUGAAGCCCUCUGAGCAGCAUCAGCGCAAGGCCAAGGCCCUGCUACAGGAACUACAGAGUUGGGUUGGGCCCCUGCCAGCCGCCUCCCUGCAGCACCUUGGGGAGGUGAUCCACACCUUUUCUCACAUCAAGCUGACCUACCUUGUAUAUGGUCUGACCCUGGAAGGUCAGACCCCAAAGACUAUACCACCUGGUGCUCGCUGGCUGACCCGAGAGGAAUUUCAUACUGCAGCCGUCUCCACUGCUAUGAAAAAGGUGUUCCAUAUGUAUGAAGACCAUCAGUCAGGGAGCUGCAAGGGUUCUAAAAGGUGCCAGUCAUCCAGCCAGAAAAGGCCCAGCAGCAAAAGACCCAGUCGUCGGGGCCAGCAAGUCUUGGAAAAAUAUUUUCAGCUUCAUGUUCCUGUUGAUUCACCCAGCCUUAACAAUGCAGCCUAAUCGUGCUAGAAGCCUUUGCCUGAAAAUCCUGUUGUUUAAUAAAGUACUUAUUUUUGUAGUGAA